GGAGAGCCCCGCUCGCGGAUGCACCGUCUCCUUCGGGCCAUCGCCUCUCCUUCCCUCGGUCACCGCCAGCGCCGCCGUCUCCACUCCGCCUUCGCCGCCGAUCAGCCAAUCCGCCACCACCCGCCGAUUGACAGCGCCGUCCCAUGGAACAAGCUCCUCCGCGACCACCUCGCUCGAUCCCGCCCGGACCUCGCCCUCGCGCUCUACCGCCUCAUGCGCGCGCUGUCCCCCGCGCUCCCCAACUCCUACACUCUCCCCCUCGCACUCCGCGCCACGCCGUCCACGCGCAUCGCCUCCGCCGUCCACGCCCACGCGCUCCACCUCGGCCUUCACGCCCACCCGGACGUCGCCGGCCAGAUCCUAGCCGCCUACGCCAGGCUCGGCCGCGCGGCUGACGCCCGCCACGUGUUCGACGCAUUGCCGGUCAGAAGGACCACCCUCUCCUGGAACACGCUCAUCUCCGCGUACUCCAUCGGAUGCGACCCCGACGCGGCGAGAACCGCGUUCGCGCGCAUGGUGGCGGGCGGGGCGUGGCCGGACGCCGUGACAUGGACCACGCUGCUCUCCGCGCACGCGAGGUGUGGGAGGCACCCGGAGGUUCUUGAACUGUUCAGGGAUAUGCAUGACAGCGGGUGCGAAGGCAAUGCUGAGGCGGUCGCUGUGGCGCUUUCGGCGUGUCCGUACGCCGGCGGCACAGCAUUGGCGAAAGGGAGGUCCAUACAUGCCCAUGGCUUUGUGAAGGGCGUCGUCCAUGGCUACCUGUUCGUCACCAACUCAUUGGUGUGCAUGUAUGGAAAGCUUGGAGAGAUGGAGGAGGCCGAGAAGGUGUUCCAGGAAGCCAGAGAGAAGAAUGCAGUGACAUGGAAUGCUCUCAUCACCAGCUAUGCGGCCGCUGGGAUGUGUAACAAGGCACUUGAUGUGCUUGCUCGGAUGGAACAACGCGGCGGCACUGUUGUGCCCAAUGUCGUGAGCUGGAGUGCUGUCAUCGGUGGGUUUACGUCUUCAGGGAACGUGGAGCAAGCACUGGAGCUGUUCCGGCAAAUGCAACAACGGCAGCUUCCGCCAAAUGCGGUGACAUUAGCAACUGUUCUUUCUUCUUGUGCUGAGCUACUGGCAUUGCGGUUGGGCCAGGAGGUCCAUGGUCACACAAUCAAAACAGUCCUGGACCGGCACUCUUUGGUGCAGAAUGGGCUCAUCAACAUGUAUGGAAAGUGUGGGAGGGUGACUGCUGCACGCAAGGUGUUCAAUCAGAUGAAGAACAGUGACUUGAUUUCAUGGAACUCGAUUAUUGGGAGUUAUGGCAUGCAUGGUUUGUGCGAUGAAGCCCUUGCAAUGUUCGAAGACAUGGCCAGAGCUAUGGUUGAGCCUGACGGUGUCACUUUCGUUGCUGUUCUCUCUGCGUGUAGCCACACAGGGCGUGUGGCAGAGGGCCGUCGUUUGUUCAAUCAGAUGGUAAGGGAGCACAAAAUUUCCCCAUCCAGGGAGCACUUCACCUGCAUGGUUGACCUCCUGGGGCGUGCCGGCUUGCUGAAAGAUGCGUCUGAGCUCAUUGAGGCGAUGCCGAUGAGACCUGACCUGUGCGUGUGGGGAGCGUUGCUCAACUCUUGCAGGACGCAUGGGAAUGCAGGCAUGGCUGAAGCCACCAUUGCUAAGGUUUUGCAAGCUGAAACAGAGACCACGGGGAAUCACAUGCUGAUCACCAACUUGUACGCCACUUGCGGGAUGUGGGACGACUCAAAGAGGGUGAGGGUGAUGACGAAGGAGGCAGGCUUGAGGAAGAAUCCAGGGCAGAGCUGGAUUGAAGUGAAGAACAAGGUGUUUGCCUUCACAGCCGGGAACACACCUCUGCCUGAAGCUGCGGAGAUCUUCAGGGUGCUCGACGAUCUAUAUGGAGAAAUGGAAGACGAGAAACAUCGGGUGUGUGAUGCCAUUGCAACCAUCGUAUAGAACAAUUAGCCAUAACAAGAUUACUAGAGAUC